AUGCCAAAGACACAAAUCAUUAUCUACAACCUAUCGGACUCCGAUCUCACAGAGAAUCAGGAUCAAUCUUUCUCCAAGCUGCUGAAAGCUGCCGUGUUCACCUAUGUACAAAAUCAACACUUUGCUGAGACUCCCACCUGGACGGUGUUGCCUUCUUUGCAAAGAAUAAUAGUCAGCUUUGAAAGUCCAGAAACUUGUGAAGAUGUUUUCUUAUUUAUCAAAUCGCAUUACAAAUCAUACCACCCAACAAACCCCGAGGGGGUCAACGUUGAGGCAAUGAAACCCAGGUUUGAUACGUCCAAACCUGAAACUUCGCUUCGGGUGGAGACAUAUUUUGAAGCCGAGGAUGAGAAGAGAAACAUCAUCACCAGACUUAGAAGUGCUAGUUUGGAGGAAGGCUCGCUCAAGAAUUCAGAAUAUUCUCCUAUGGAGCAGUAUAGGGAACCAACACCCGAGACGAAUGAGGAAGACAAGAAGAUAGAAAAGGAAGAGGAUAAUGGCACUCCAACAUUUCUGUUCACUCCCACGGAGCCAUCUUUUUCGAAUCGUCCAGUUAGUCCCUCGAUCACCAUAGAUAGGUUUGAGUAG